AUGUGGAAAGGAGCCGAUCACCCGGUCAAUCGCUUUCAAUGGCGAAGAAUGGAGAAGGCGGGGACAUUGCCAUACGAGCUGCUUCAGAAAAAGAAGACUGUUUUGGAUUACCAUAAGUCAAGACUCUUCAAUCAAGACAGUGUCCGUGUUUCAGUGGAAUUCUAA